GGGGCCCGCGGGCAAGGCCCGAGCCGGCGCUGACCCCCGGCCCCUCCUGUCCCGCAGCUGGUGGCGCUGGCCGCCCUCUUCUGCUUCGUGGCCGCGGGGUCACACGAGGCCUACGCGGCGCUGGCCGGUAUGGAGACCGGGAUCACCGUCCUGUUCCUGCUGCUCUACCUGCUGAGGCUCCACGUACGGAUUCGGUGCCUCUACUGGCCGCUGGCUGAUGUUUUGAACUCGGUGAUUGCAGCGUUGUUCCUCUUCAUUGUGUCCUUGUUUGCAAUAAUAAUCAAGACCAACAAAGGGACAUUGGCUGGAGGAGUGUUGGGUCUUAUAUUGCUUGUUCUCUGCCUUGUCGACGUCAUUCUUCUUUGCAAGAAGAUUAGCCUUGAAAAAGCAAGAGGAAGGAGUGCUCCUGCCAAAUAAGAUUGACAUGUUAGUAAAAGAAUGAGUUCUCCGUUCUGUUUCCCUAUUCUCUUUUAAAGAAUUUCUAUUUUUACGUGUUCACUUUUGAAAUUUCCUGUGCACUGAUGUUUCUGCAAGUUAUAUUCAUAAGGUUUUGUACUGUUCCAAGUGCAGUUUCAGCAUUGCAAUUUUACCAGUUAAAGCUUCAGAGAAAAUUGUCGUAUUUUUCUAAACUUAACUGUUUUUUAUUGUAUGAAAAUUAUUUUCAUGGUUGUCGUCUUUGUCUAAUAAAAAGAAAAUACAAA